AUGGACGCUGAUCAUAUCGAGAAAGCUAGUAUUCAUAGCUUCGAUUAUGAUGAAGUUAUCGACCCCGUCAUCGAAGCAAGGCUUGUUAGGAAAAUGGAUAUUAGAUUUUUGCCAAUUGUCACCUUGAUAUAUCUUUUUGCAUUCAUCGACCGAUCCAAUGCUGGCAAUGCUCGCGUCCUAGGAAUGGAAAAGGAUCUCAAACUGACUGGAGACCGAUUCAAUAUUGGACUCAGCGCCUUCUAUGUCACUUACGUUGUAUUCGAAGUUCCAGCAAACUUACUGUGCAAGAAAUUUGGUCCCAAACUCUGGCUUCCCUUCCUCGCCAUAUCCUUCGGCUUAGUGACAACGUGUAUGUCAGUUCUUCAAAAUUACCAUGGAUUUGUUGCCGCGAGGGUUAUUUUGGGAGUCUUCGAAGCUGGCAUAAUGCCAGGGAUAACUUACACGUUGUCGUGCUACUAUAGACGACAUGAACUUGUCAAGCGUGUUGGUGCAUAUGCCAGUGUAGCAUCUCUUAGUGGUGCAUUUGGCGGACUCCUUGCUAGUGGUUUGACCCAGAUCCCUCCCUGGGGUAUGAUCCAUACCUGGCGCAACAUCUUCUUUUUCGAAGGCCUCAUAUCGAUCCUCCUAGGCGUCAUCGCAUAUACCCUGCUUCCUACCAGUCCAGAAACCGCGAGUUUCCUGACCGAGGAAGAGCGAAGACUUGCAGUAAAGCGGAUUAGCAUUGAUACCAAGAGCAGAUCGGUCGAGAAGCUAGAAAUGCGUUAUGUUAAGCGCGCAUUUUUCAGCAUCAACACCGUGUUGAUGUCUUGCGCCUCAUUCUGCACCCUGCUCACGAUGAACUCCAUGGCAUUAUUCGUCCCUUCUCUCCUUUCCGGUAUGGGAUACAGUGGCAUUCAUAGUCAGCUGCUUUCUGUGCCGCCAUAUGCAUGGGCUGCCUGCUUUUGUGUUACUGUGACCUAUCUAUCUGAUCGAACUAAGACCCGUGGAUUGUGGUUGAUUGGGGCGAUGCCAUUCACUGCUCUGGGCUUCAUUUUGCUCUUGACAGUCAACCAAGUUGGAGUACGAUAUUUUGCAAUCUUCCUAUGCUUGACGGGAGCCUUCACAGCUUCACCGACAUUGCUCGCUUGGUCCGUGGAAAACAGUGCAGGACAUACAACGCGAGCCAUCGUGGCUGGAACUACCGUUGGAUUCGGCAACAUCGGUGGCAUCCUCGCAACCUGGACUUAUGUAGUGGACGAUGGGCCAAAGUACGUUCGUGGACACGCAAUCAACCUUAGCUUUGCAUGUUUGGCUGUUCUGAUUCUAGGCGCUUCAACGCUUUAUUUACGAUGGGAGAACAGACAACGAAGCCUGGGACGUCGAGAUUAUAGACUAAGUGGUUUAACUACCCUCGCUGCGUCUCAGUUGGGCCAUAAGCAUCCCGAAUUCCGCUUUACGCCAUAA